AUGCCCUUUUACCAGGCGAGUGUAUUCCAGUCGAGCCAGCUCGAGCAUGGCACCCGAUUCCAUUUUAGGGACCCCCACAACAGCCAGCCUGGUUGGAUCUGGGGUAAUGUGGCUCUCCCUAAUACUAUGAGCAUUGCAACAGAUGACAGGGAGAUUGCAAUUCAUAUAGUCGAGACCAUCCAGGCUGGCUUGGUUACGUGGACCACUGAUGCAUUGCACGGCCGGGGGCAUAUGUGCGUCUCAUUUCCGAUCAAGAUCGAGACACCUGAGCAAGAUGCCGAGAUGUUGAGGAUUCAGAUUCAGAUUGUUGCACUCUGGUAUGUGAAAUUCAUCAACCUGGAGAGUAUUUCCAUUGACAAGCACAUGGUUUUCCUGUCUCGCGAGGAGCCCUCGGAACGUGAGGAUCAGCUGUUGAUUGAGCCUGCACAUUGGGGUAAGCCCGUGUACGCAGUUGUGAAUCCAUGGUCUGCGACUACUGAGCUGCAGGAUUAG